AUGGCGGCGACCCUAAGCCUGGAGCCCACCGGCCGCAGCUGCUGGGACGAGCCUGGGCGCAUCGCCAUGUGCAGACUCACCCCCGAGCAGCCCCUCACGCUGCGCACGGCCCUGAGCGACGAGAAAGCCGUGCUCUUCCGCGCCCACACGCGCUACCGCGCCGACGCCAGCGGCGAGCUGGACCUGGCGCGUGCGCCCGCGCUGGGCGGCAGCUCCGUGGGGCUCGAGCCCAUGGGGCUGCUCUGGGCCCUGGAGCCCGACAGGCCUCUCUGGCACCUGCUCAAGCGGGAUGUGCCGAAGCCCUUGGUGCUGGAGCUGGGGGUGCUGGACGGCCACGAGCCCGACGGCGGGUGGCUGCUGGCCUGGGCGGCGCAGGAGCGCCACUUCCUGCUGCUGGGGGUGCGGCGGGUGCCGGUGUGGGUGGACCGGGUGUGCGCCACGUUCUUCCUGCUGCCAGGACUCAGACCCUUCCCAGGGAUCAUUGACAUCUCUGGUUUUAGAGGGGGCCUGUUUGAAUAUCGAGCCAGCCUUGUGGCUGGCCAUGGCUUUGCCACAUUGGCUCUGGCUUUUUAUGACUUUGAAGAUCUCCCUAAAGAAUACAACACCAUGGAACUGGACUACUUUGAAGAAGCCAUGUGCUACAUGCUCCAACACCCCCAGGUAAAGGGCCCAGGCAUUGGGCUUCUGGGCAUUUCUCUAGGAGCUGAUGUUUGUCUCUCAAUGGCUUCAUUCUUGAAGAAUGUCUCAGCCACAGUUUCCAUCAAUGGCUCUGCAUUCAGUAGAAGCAGACACAUACACUACCAGCAGACUAUAAUACCACCAUUGGGCCAUGACUUGAGGAGAGCGAAGGUUGCUUUCUCAGGCAUUAUGGACAUUGUGGACAUAUGGAAUGAUAUUAUAGGAGGGUGUGAGAACCCCAGUAUGAUUCCAAUCGAGAGGACCAAGGGGCCCAUCCUCUUCAUUGCUGGUCAGGAUGAUCUUUGCUGGAGGAGUGAGUUAUAUACUCAGAUAGCCUCAGAACGGUUACUGGCUCAUGGAAAGGAGCCCCAGAUAAUCUUUUACCCUGGGAAUGGGCAUUACAUUGAGCCUCCUUACUUCCCCAUGUGCCCAGCUUCCCUGCACAAACUAGUGAACAAAGCUGUGAUAUGUGGUGGGGAGGUUAGGACUCACUCUAAAGCCCAGGUAGAUGCAUGGAAUCAAAUUCUGUCCUUCUUUGGCAAACACCUAGGAGGUACCCAGAACAGAACUUCCUCUAGAUUGUAAUGCAGUUGUCUGUUGUUGACGUGCUAGAUUCAAGGUCAGACUUCAAUGUUAAAUAACUUUGUUAAUCAGUUUUCUACUGGAUAACAUUAAAAUCAAGUGUUUGCAAAUGACAGAAUAUAUGAAUUCCAGGGGGGGUUCCUAUGGGAGGCUGCCAUCAGGAAGAGGGUAUAAAGAUGAUUAAG